AUGUCUAGCAGCGUCACGAGCACCUUUGUCGGCGCCAUCCAGGCGUCGGCGUCUGUUUUGCUCACCAUUUUCUAUGGUGUUUUCGCCGGCCAGACCAAUCUCCUCUCUGUAGAGACUGGUCGACAGAUCUCGAAAAUCUGCAUUAAAAUGUUCCUGCCAGCUCUGCUCAUCGUCAAUCUCGGUACCCAGAUCGAAGCAUCCAAUGCAUCUCUGUACCUCACCAUCCUGGUCUGGGCACUCGUCUAUAACCUCGCCUCGAUCGCUGUCGGAUACGCCCUCACCAAAUGCUUCAGCAUGCCCAAGUGGUUCACGCCCGCCAUCACAUUCAACAACACCACCUCUUACCCUCUACUCUUGAUCCAGUCUCUCGGUUCAGCCGGUGUUCUUUCCGCCCUCGCCAAGUCCGAAGAUGACACUAGCGACGAAAUUAUCGAACGAGCCAAGUCCUUCUUCCUUGUAUGCUCCGUCGUAUCCAACAUGCUCACCUUUGGCCUUGGUGGAAAGCUCCUUGGGGUCAGCGAUGAAGAUCCCGUCGAAUCUAUGGAUGAGGAUUUGCGCGACCGAGCCGGACACAAUGACAGCCCACCCACCGAUAGCCAAGAACCCGACGAACGUACAUCUCUCCUCCCCGGACGUCUACCUCGAUAUGUCAAGAAGGCAUCGCGCCACACCGCCCAAGCGCAGCACGCUGUUUGGGACAAGCUGCACCCUCAAGUCCAACGUGUACUGGUACACAUUACUCAAUUUAUUAGCCCUCCAACUGUCGGCGCCCUUAUUGGUGUUGUUCUCGGAUUUGUUCCUCCAUUCAAGAAGGCUUUCUUCAACGACAGUGAGGAUGGAGGUAUCUUCAAUGCCUGGUUAACCGUCAGUCUUAAGAACAUUGGAGAGCUUUUUGUCACCUUGCAGGUCAUCGUUGUCGGUAUUAAGCUGGCUCACAGUCUGCGACGCAUGCGCCAGGGAAGCGACUCAGGCAACCUCCACUGGCUGCCUCUCUCCAUGGUUGUCCUGAUCCGAUUCAUCAUUUGGCCUGUUCUAAGCAUUCUCUUUAUUCGAAUGCUCUUCACUCAGACUGAUGUUCUUGGCGACGAUCGUGUUCUCUGGUUCACUAUGAUGCUGAUGCCAGCAGGACCACCCGCCAUGAAGCUGGUGGCCAUGGCCGAGGUUGAUGAUGCAGACGAGAAUGACAAAAUGUCCAUUGCCCGAGUACUCAUGACUUGCUACGCAAUCUCUCCUCUGCUGUCAAUCGCAGUCGUCGCCAGUCUCAAGGCUUGUUCUUGA